GCUUGACCAUCUUCAUACUAAAUGCACAUCUGACAGUUGCGGUGCACAUAAACCUCAUCCGUCGUCUGACAUUUACACCACCACUACGAUCUCAUAUCUCGUCUUUUCUUCCUCAAUAACAGCUCCCAACCUUUGAGAAAAAAGCCCAAGCGAAAAGAAGAUUUCCCCUCUUCACAUCGCACCUGACAAAAAAUCACCACACCCCAAAAUCAUGGCCUCGACGCAAAAACCAAACGGCAAUGCCAAGCCGCAAUACGACCCCGACUUCACCGACAAUGUCAUCAAGGCCAUUGGCCCCAAGACAAAUCCUCGCAUCGCCGAGGUCAUGACCAGCUUUAUCAGGCACAUCCACGACUUUGCGCGCGAGGUCGACCUCACAGUGGACGAGUGGAUGAUGGGCGUCGACAUGAUCAACCGCUGCGGCCAGAUGAGCAACGACCGCCGGAAUGAAGGGCAGCUAAUGUGCGACGUGCUGGGGUUGGAGUCGCUGGUCGACGAAAUCACAAGCAAGAAGCUGGUCGGCGCCGGCUACGAGGCUACCAAGUCGGCCAUCUUGGGCCCCUUUUUCCGCAAGGACACCCCGCCGUCGGCCAAUGACACGAGCAUAGUCAAGACCAUGCCGUCGGAUGGCGAGGUGACCUUUAUGCACGGCGUGGUGACGGAUGCUGCGACGGGAAAGCCGAUCAAGGGCGUCACGGUAGACAUUUGGCAGUGCAGCACAAACGGUCUGUACGAGCAGCAGGAUCCAGACCAGGCAGACUUUAACCUGCGUGGCAAGUUCACAACGGAUGAGAAUGGCUAUUACGGCCUGUACUGCCUGAGGCCGGUCCCUUACCCGGUGCCGUACGAUGGCCCGGCUGGUGAAGUCCUCCAGCUUCUCGACCGCCACCCAUACCGCCCGGCCCACAUCCACAUCAUUGCGGGAAAUGAAGAGUACAGCCCCCUGACCACACAAAUCUUUGACAAGAGUAGCAAAUAUCUUGUCGACGAUUCUGUCUUUGCGGUAAAGGAUGAUCUGGUGGUGGACUUUAAGCCUGUGGAGGGCAACCCCAAGGCCACGCUCGAACUAGUAUACGACAUUCGUCUGGCGGCGAUAAAACCAUAGAGAUACGUUGAAGAUCGAGCUUCUGCCGGUUGCAGGUACAUGGUUUGAAUGAAAUGGAACACAAUUGUUCUUGGC